AUGGCGGCACAAUUUCUGAAAUUUGGAGUACCAAUGAUCGUAAGUAAAUAAUUUUAUAACUUUUUAUUUGAUGACGCUGAAAUUGUUCGACAUUUCAAUUUAAAUCUCUCCUUGUUAUUUUUAUUGACAAAGGAUACAUUUUAUUCCGCAAAAGGAGAUGUAUUUUAUUUCCUGUCACAACUCUCGCUGUAAGCUUAAAUGAGUUUACUGCAUUUUCUGUUUUCGUCUACUAUUAAGCUCAUAAAUGAGUUAACAACAUGCUCUAUUUUCUGUUUUCGCUGUAUAUUUAGACAUUAAUAGUUGGAGGAUCAUUUGCACUGAAAGAAUUCACUGAAAUCAAAAUCAGACGCCGAGACGAAAAAGGUCACGCGGUAUGUAAAUAUUUUCCGGUCUCUACGAUUCUGUAUUGAAAAAGCCCUGUUCCCCACAUAUACUGUUCCCCCCUCCUCCUCCCCCCGCCCCCACCUCCCCUGCCGCUGAACGGGGUAAGGUUUUCAGGCAAUUGAGUCUGUAAAAAAGGGUAUACAGUUACAAUAUUUGGCAUCAUUAACAGAGUGUGUUUGAGCCCAGUUUAUCAGAGUGUGAAGGCUGCAGGUGAGCAGUCUGUGUGGUGCCAACAGUUUUUCCAAAAAAAUUAGUUCCAUGAUAUUAUUUCGACAAAAUACAACCGAAUUCUGUAUGCAAAAGAGUAGCAAACUGUUUGUCUUAAACAGUGCCAGGUUUUGAAGGCUUAGGUGGCACAUCUCUUCCCAAACUUCCUUCGAGUGCUCCCUCACCCCUCCCCUCCCCCCAGCGGUUUUGCUAAUUUGUAACCAGCUGUGGCCUUAACAUGUUGCUCAAGUCUUGCUGGUGUGUCUUGUGGAAAUCCUAUGGACAACCCUACAUGCUUGCGGAGGACUUUAUUGAAUUCACCACAUUGACUCAACAUGGUGACAGGGGAUGAAACAGGACUAACAUUCCAAUAAUUAUUGAUAUCAACCCCUUCAUUACCCACCCAGUCCACGAAAAGUUGUACCACGCCACUGGGGUGUAUGCCCCCCACUUUUUAUAUCCCACAAGAAACAGAACAGUGAAAGGUCUGUGAGAUGAGGCCUAUGGUUUUUCAUCCUUAUCCGCGGAGAUUGGAUUGUCUAACCAUUUUGUAGAUUACGCAACAAAGGCAGCUAAUUCUCCUCAGUUAUUUUAAGACCCUGAGUGUGGGUCCAGCCAGGGUUUGAACCCGCAACCUCCCGCUCGGCAGACCGGUGCUUUUCCAAUUGAGCUAACCAGAUGGCAGUGACAGUUCUAUAACAACAAGUAAAAUUUAAUUUUAUCUUUUUUCAGUUAAAUAAGGAAGAAGCCUUAGAGGUGUUGCCUCACAAGAAGAAACAAGCUUCCUUAGAAGAAGAGUAUGAGGUAGAUAGAUAUAAUGCUUCUAUCAAUUUUGGCAUUAUGUGAGCUGAGGGGUAGUUAAAGCCAUUUCAAACCACAGGAUAAGCACUCAGCCUCACCUUACCCAAUCUCUAUAACAUGGUAAUUUGAAGCAUUGUCAGUACAUCCUGUACAGGAUUCUAGUACAUCAAAGCAAUCUGCAACAAAAUUGUUGAGGCACUAUUGUGAAAUGGGGUAUAUUUGGAAGCAAUAACAUACAACAAUUGAUGCUUCAUUUUAAGCCAAGUGAGACUCUUUAUUUAAUACAAGGCAUUAGUUACAUGAAACAAUUAUAUGGGUGUAUGCCCUAUGGAUUUGGCAUCAGUUGUAGAUGGUGUGAUCAUUUAAAUUAGAUAUAGAUAUAAUCUGUGUUGUGGUUCAAAUUGUCCUUGGUUUAAUUUUAUUUUCCUUUGUUCCAGACUCAUUAUCAUAAAUCACCAUACCCAAAAAAGAAAAUGAAAGAUGAAAUUGAGCAACAACAUUUACAAAGUAAUAUUUUUAGGCAUGUUUGAGUCAUUUUAAAUUGAAUCUCUGCUAGUUAUUUAUUAUAUUCCUGUUCCUAAAAUCAAUGCUACCACAGAGCUGUCUGCAGUAUAGAUAAUUAGUAGAAUACUUUUUUGCAACCCUGGAAGUUUGUGUAUUUUGUUAGGUGAGCUGUGUUUGUGUGUAAUUUCUUUUAUUUCAAUUUUUUGCAGGCCAUUACCAAAAAACUUGACAUUGACAAUUGGGAGAACAAGCGAGGACCUCGGCCAUGGGAGCAAUGA